AUGUUAUGCAACGACGCCGUAUAAGUCAAAAAUCCACAAAUUUUCCGAGGGCUUAUUCUCGUAUCUAACCUGGGUUUCUCGCUCCAUCUUACGCGACUCCAAUAUCCUCUCUCUCUUCUUCCUUCUAAAUUCUCACAAGUUAACUUGAAAUGGGAUCAAGACACCGUGUUCACAGAGAGCCAAUGAAUCCUCGAAGAGGGUAUCCACAGGAAAGUCCUUACGCUCGCGGCCCAGCUAUGCAACGGCCGCAUCUUCCUCCUCAUCCUGCAUUGUUAGAGGAAGAGCUUGAAGUGCAGCAUGCUGAAAUGAGGAGGAUAAUAGCAGAUAACAGGAGGCUGAUUGACGAGCGGAUGGCUUUGCAGCGAGAUCUUGCAGCUGCGAAGGAAGAGCUCCAUCACAUGAAUCUUGCGAUUGGUGACAUUCGUGCUGAGCAUGAGAUGCAUUCGAGGGAUCUUGUUGAUAAAAACAUGAAGUUGGAGUCUGACCUUAGGGCGAAUGAGCCAUUGAAGAAUGAGGUUAUACAACUACGAGCUGAAGUUCAGAAGCUUAGUAGUAUCAAGCAAGAUCUUUCUGGGAAGGUUCAGUCGCUCACGAAAGAUGUUGCUAGGUUACAGAGUGAUAAUCAGCAAAUUCCUUCGAUGCGGGCUGAGAUUGAUGGCUUGCACCAAGAACUGAUGCGUGCUAGAACAAUGGUGGAUUAUGAAAAGAAGGCAAACAUGGAGUUCAUGGAGCAGAGGCAGUCAAUGGAAAAAAACAUGGUUUCCAUGGCCCGAGAAGUUGAGAAGCUUCGUGCUGAGCUUGCUAGCAUGGAUGGAAGACGUUGGGGAGCUGGUGGGCCUUACGGAACAAAUUUUGGUAGCCCCGAGGGGGGUUUCCCACCUCCAUAUGCAGAUGGAUAUGGUGUUCACAUGUCUGCUGCAGAGAAAGGUCCCCUUUAUGGAGUGGGUACUGCUUCAAGGAAAGCACAUGAGAAGCCUCGCACAAAUCGUCGUUGAAUGCAAGUGAUUGAUGUUGGUGAUGAAGAAAGGCCUGCCAUCCCUUUGGCUAUGUUAGCGGAGUAGCGGAUUGAUGUCCUUCUGUGUAUGCAUACCAUGUUAAUGGUCUCUUAUUUGCGGUUCUAAGUAUAUUAUUAAUUCUAAACUGGCAUAUUUAGGUUUUACUCCUGCUUUACCAUUUUUAACUUGGAGAAAACAUUGUUGCGGUAUCUUUAAGUUUAAAACUUAGUGUGUUGGAGUUCUUCAAUUUAUCUAUCUUCCAUUGAUAAUAUUUCAUAUUUAAUAUUGCUAUUGGUGUGCUUUUUGUCUGGUUAUUGUUGUUAUUUUUUUCUGGGUUAAAGCAUGUUUUCUGUUGUUCAUGGACUGGAUCUCAGCGUUGCAACCUUGAGGUUUUGUAACCCCCAUGUGUUGAGUCAUGUGAGCUGAAGUUCAGUAUGUAACGGGUUUGGCAAUAUUAGAAGACUCAACACAGAAUUUUCAUUUCUUCACGUGUUGUUAAAUGAGGGGUGUUGUGCACUGCGUUUUAUGUGAUUGAGUGUGAUUUUGGAAUUAGUCUUAUGCAGUGGAUACUUAUUACUGUUGGAGGAGUCACCGCAUGUGGAAGAAUUAAAUGAAUAAUUAAUCAUGUUGGGCUUUUGUAUUUACUACAGUGAGUGGAAUAAGAAGUUUCAUUUCUCUUGAGAUUAGACUGUAUAUCUUGUAGGAUAGAAUGUUAGAUUGUAGUUUACAUUUGUUUGUACGAGUGGAUAAAAAUUGCCCAUGAAUGCUGGUGAUAUCUGGUGGCCUGCUUCCCUUGGCAAUAUUCAGAUUAGUUGUGCAAUUGGUGAAGGAAGCUGCCUGCACACAUGAUUAGGAAUAUAAAUUUGUGAGUAACUUGUGUAGCUAAUGAUUUCUGGGUUGUAUGGAAAUAUAGGAUGCCAAUACUCAUAUCAUGAGCAUGAGGUUGCAAGCUCUCAAUGACGAGUGGAUUUUAUGUUGUUUGAUAUGCCAGAAAAGAUGCUUGUAAUGGAAUUGUCUGCACCCACAUUUGGAGCAACGUACAUACCUGCAGAAGUCGUUUAAGAUUGGGAUUAUUCAAGCAUUCUUUGCUCCUUAUUUUGGAUGGUAACUACUUCUGUUUGCUGGUAUGGAGGGGGGCUGGUUAUAAUGGGCUACCUUUGUUUGAAGUUGUGUUAUUGAUGGCAUAUUUACAUUGUAAGUUAUAACAAUGCGGAGGCUUGUAUUUACCAAUUCAUACUCUGGCAUUCUAUGACAUUUGUUGAUUGGGGAAAACCACAACUAUGUCAAAUGUGGAUGGAGUGAUAAAACUUCAGAUUGAUUUUGAUCCACUCUGUUUAGUUUUGCUCUUAAAAGCUUAAAAUUGUUUGGUUAGACUCCGGAUGCUGUAAUCGGUAUUUGCGAUACUGAGAUUGAAGUCAGUAGCAAACAUGAGAUGGGAAUUUUAUAUCUGUCCCAAUGAGAUGGCAUUGCUAUAGGUUUUAUACUGCUCUUCCAAACAAUUUACUUGAAAUGAACCAGAAAUUGGUCAAUCUGAAGAUAGAUUAGCUGUCUGAGACUUGAGAGUUAUCCUACCCAUCUGCCUAACAAUUGGAUUUAGGGGGUUGGGGGGUAUGAGGACCCUUUUUAAGCUUCAAUUAGAGAAAUAAAGGAACAACUUUCUGGACUCUGGUCAUAUUGGUUUCAUAGCACACAGUUUCUCGUUUUUUAUAGUUGUUGAGUUGUGGUUAAGCUCCUCUAUGAUGCAAGAUCGUCCAUAUCUUCUCUGCGAAAGUUUGGUGGUAACUACUGCUCUUUGCUGGCGUGGAGGGUGGCUGGUGUCAGUGUGUUGCCAUUGUAUUGAAGUGGCGUUACUGAUGGUGCAUUGUAAGUUGCGACUGUUUAGGGAGUUGUGAUUUCGAAUUGUGAUAAUCUGGCAUUUUGUUAUGCUUAUUGAUUGGGGGGAAACCGCAACUAUGACUACGGUGAAUGGGGAAAUAUGACUUUAGAAGUAUUUUGCUCUUCUUUCUCUAAAAAACUUGAAGUUGUUUAGUUAGACUCUGGAUGCUCUAGUCUGUAAUGGCAAUACUGAGAUAGAAGUCAGUUACAAAUUAUUACUGUACAUGAAAAGAUUCUUUCAUGAAAGUGUUAUAUUUUCCCCAGCUAGAUGGAAGUGCUAUAGGUCUUCUAUUACUCCUGCAAACAAUAGGAUUUAAGGCGGGAUGUUAUGAUUUUGUACCCUUUUAAAGCUUGAAAGAGAGAAGUAAAGAAACAACUGUCUGGUGGUAUUGUUUAUCAUGCCACCAUUAAGUUUCUUAUUCUUUAUGUUGGUUGAGGUGUUGAAUUAUUAUUGGUCAAUGUCCUCAUGGCUGAAAGGUCAUCCAACAAAUCUGCCUGACACUAUAAGUUUUGUUUGUACCCAUUUUAACCUUGAAGGAGAGAAGUACCUGUCUGGUAGUGUUGUUUCUCGUACGAUAACCACAGUUCUCUAUAUUGAUUGAGGUGCCAAAAUCUCUCUGGUCAAGCUCGUUGAUGAUUUGCAAGAUACUCCUAUGUUGCUGGUAUCACUGUGGAUUAUCUAAGGAGUAGGCUGGAGGCUGCGGAAUGUUUGAAGACCAGCUGUUGAUCUGAAGCUCAUAGGCAAGUAUUUUGCUCUCUUUAUCAGUGUCAAUGAUUUAACCAUGUAGAACUUGCUAUUUACCCUGCUGAUUACAGUCAUGUAAGGUUUAGUAUGCUGCCUAAUACAAAACUUAAUUGUUGCACACCUAAAUUAGGAUACAAUGUUAGAAUUAGAUUAUCUUUAGAUUUAGUUACUAGUGUACCAGAAAUUUCAGCAUAAUAGUCAGGAUUUUAAAAUCUUAAUUCAUCAUAAGUAAUGGUAGUAGUAGAACAUUGUUGUUGUUGCGAUCUUCUAUAGGCUAAAAUGAUUUGAUGAUAUUUGGAGCUGUCCGAAGUUGUAGGGUGGAAUAACUUCACUUUCAUGUUGUUUUUAUAGGUCUCAGUUCUUACUGGGCUUGUAAUACGAGCAAAGGAAAGUUAGCUUGAUUUGUAUAUGUAACAAAUCAGGCCAGGAAUCAAAUCUUCCAAUAUUGUUAAUUUGCUCUAAAUUGCUGGACAACUCAGUUAACUUGGAUGCAUUUGCAGCUAAAGUUAAAUGCUUGCAUCUUAUAAGUUGAAUUAAAGCUGUAUCCAGUAUUGGGUUAAGUAUACUGCUGCUAUUGCUACUUUUUCUACGAGGAUUCGCAUAUUGCAGAAUUUGGAAUUGUAGAAACUACCUUGUUGAAGAGCAUUAAAAGCUAGGGGCUAAUAUAUUUAGGCUAUGAUCUCGUUAUUAGUUGUUACUGCCAAUUUGAGCAUGCAUUUUGUGGCUUGGAACAAGCAGUCUCUUGGACAAACUUGAUUAUGAGAUUAGAGUGGAAAAGAUGAACCACCAGUUUCCCUAGAAAGGUAAAGGUCUUGGGUACCUAUAAAGAAACCCCCUUCCAGGUAAAGGUCUUGAGUACCUAUAAAGAAACCCCCUAUCAGGCUAGGUAAAAAAAAAUACCGGGUUUCUUUCCUUUUAGCUAGUAGUACUUAGGCAAUCAAUCCCGUAAAGUUUUGAGGUUGCUAAUGGACUUUAUCAAGCUGGUGUAUGCUGGCAGUCCGGCAUCCUGCUUAUCUAGUACUCCUCUUUUGAAGGAGAUUUGUUCACUUGCUAUAAGUAGUCAUUUUAUUUUGUUUUGAUACUGAUAUCAGUAUAUAAUUUAGCAUUAAGAUUUAUGUUCUUUCAUUUGUCUUUUAUGGUUAACUCAUGGAUAUAUUUCCUGCUGAACUUUAUCUGCAUAUUCAAGUUACUUAUUAUUUAUUU